CAGUCAGAUCAUAUAGUCAGCGUGAAGACCUGUGUACGGAUCGAUCCAGCUGUAAGCCAGUCCCGCAACAUUCUUAUUUUAACAUUUUAUCACAUAGUGUAAUAUUUACCUUCACCAAGCAUCAUGUCUAAAGGUGGACAACAGCAGCAGCGAGAAACCAUGGAAUUCGGUUCUUCUGGCCGAGGUGGCAGCGGAUAUAUGCAGAAGAGGACCACAAUUAUCAACCGAGGGUCCCAUUCAAGGGUCCCAACAGGAGCGGGAUACAACCGUAGCUCUAUGUCGGGAUUCAGCGGUCUAUCCCUUGUGCCAGGUACCUAUUCCAGCAUGUCUCAUGAAGGAGUAGUCACCAUGAAGGAAAAGAGAGGACACGAGAAAAAAGAAAUGCAAGGAUUGAACGAAAGAUUGGGUAGCUAUAUCGAAAAGGUCCGAUUUUUGGAAGCCACCAUCACCCAACUGGAGCAAGAAUUAGAUUAUUACAGGAAUCAGAAAGCUGCCGAUUUUAAACCAGUUCGGGAUAUGUACGAAAAUGAAUUGGCACAAGCCAGACGUGUUAUCGAUGAUCUUUCUGCUGAAAAAGCCGGUGUUGAUGCUAAAAUGGCCGGACUUCAGGAUCUUGUUGAUACCCUCCGACAACAGGUAGAAACUUUAGAAAGCCACGCCACCGACUAUAGACAAAAGAUCGAUAAUCAAGCUGCCCAGAUUGGCGGAUACGAGGGUGAAUUAGGUACACUCCGACUUAGAAUUGAAAACUUAGAAAAUGAGAAUGCUAAACUUAGACAGCUUAAUAACCAGAAAAUGGAUGACAACCGUCGUCUCCGAACAGAUCUUGACAACGAGACAGCUGCUCAUAUCGAGGCUGAUUGUCGCGCCACCACCCUUGAAGAAGAAGUUGAGUUCCUCCGAGCUCUCCUCGACAAAAUGCCACAAGAAAGCAAUAAACCCGUUAAGAUCAAGGGUCUGGAUUUGGAGGCUUUCUGGAAAGACAACAUGGCUAAAGCUAUCCGAGAUAUUCAGAAUGAAUAUGAGAGUCGUCUUGAUUUAAUGAGACAGGACAUGGAAGCCAGAUACUCUGCACAGAUGCGUCAACUCCAGAGUGGUGCUGUCCGAGAUAACAUGGAAACACAGCAUGCCAAGGAAGAGAGCAAGAAACUCAAAUCUCAAAUCAACAAUUCCGGCACCAAAUUCGCUGAAUUAGAAGCCAGAAUUGCUGCCCUCGAAAGUGAACGUAACGCACUCAAGAAAGCACUGGCAAAUGCCGAAAUGGAACUAGAAGAGGAGAGAUCUAAACACAGUGCUGAUAUUCAGAAAUUACAGAAUGAGCUAGAAUGCUGUUUAGAUGAGAUUAAACUUAUCCUGGAUGCUAAACUAUCAUUAGAACUGGAAAUAGCUUGUUACAGACAGUUGUUGGAGGGUGAAGAAAACAGACUUGGCUUGAGACAGAUUGUAGAACAAGCUAUUGGAGCACAAUCGAAAGGAGCCGGAAAUCUCGCUGAUAUUGUUCAACAGUCCAGUUUGAGUGAAUCUACCGGAAAACUUACCGUGUCCAGAUCUUCCCGAGGUCCAAUCGGUUUUGUCGAGGCUGCUCAUGAUGGUCGCUAUAUUACUAUUGAAAACACCGGAAAAGGCCCAAACGCUAAAAUCCAGAACUUGUCCGGAUGGCAGAUUAGACGACAAAUGAGCGGACAGAAAGAACUCGUCUAUAAAUUCUUGGAUGAUGAAGAAAUCGCACCAGGAAAACAACUCAAGGUUUUCGCCAAGGGAGCAGCAACUGGUGCUAAUAUUAAAAACCAAGCCAACGCAGGUGGUGAUCGAUGCUGUGAACACUUCUCCUGGUUCUCUGGAUCCGGAACCACAAAACUCUUUGACGCUAGCGGAGUGGAAAAAGCAACUCUUAAAGCCGUCUUCAAACAGUAAAAAGAUAACGUCUCAGGAUUUUAACCACAGCCUUCAUACACUGAGCUGUAUUCAGUUUUUAUUAAUUAAAAUUAUUUUCGAUUUAUAUUAUUUUUGAAAGAAAAAUGGAAACCUUUCGUGUUAGAUACCAUGUCAUUCACGACCAUGAAAUUCUCUUAUAGCCAUUCAUUAUUAUAUUAUUACUUUCUUUUUUACAAGAAGGAUGGUAAAUUGUAAAAGAUUGUUGAUAUUUUUAAUAUUCACAAUUAGCGUGUAGAAAAUAUUAGAUCUUGUUUUAUUUUGAAAAAAGGUGGAUAUUUGUAAAUCAGAAGUUAGAUUAGUUUUAUUAUUUUACUUGCUUUGUUAUCAUUUUAUUCGUUAUGGUGUGUUUAACGUCAACAACACAGACGAACGUUGUCCAGUACAAGAAUUAUUUCGAGAGAUUUGGGGUAGUAUAUAUAUCAAUGUUUUUUCUCUUUCUGCGCUUUUCUCCCGUCCGGCAUUUGAAACAGCAAUCAAGUGCCUUAUAACAUCAGCGAGGGAUGUAGGAUUAUUGGUGGCCGGUUGCAUGGCAACUGUUGUCGGGAUGGUUUAGCAGUUUAUGUGAUUCGAAGUGUUAAUAAUCGUAUACAUGUGUAAAAUGUAUGUGUUUACCAAUUUUCAUAUGAACCGAAACGAAAUUCAAAAUAUAUUGGUCCUUCAACGGGUGUAGAGUGCAUUUUCGUUCGUCAUAAUUCAAAAACUAUCCAUUCCUCAUUACAUAUACAACCAUGGGUGUGAGUUAAUUAUUCCAAAUGGUGGGUUGAGAAUCAGCAAAGUGUCCCGUUGUAGCGACCAGAUGAAACACGCCAGCACGAUUGAACUGUCUUCUCAGUUUACGUUGGUAUUGUGACUUGAGAAUUUUUUUUAUUAAAUUUAUUAAUUUUUUUAUAUUUUUAAAUGUUUUCACUAAAGCAAAGAUUUAUUAUUAUUCCACGCUCACAUUCCGAAUUUUGUCUUUCCCACUCAAACGGUAAUUCGCCAACUUGCCCAUUGAUAUAUAACUGAUUUUAUAUUUUUAGUAAAAUGUUGCUAUACAUUUGCUGAACUUUCUAUGAAUUAAAAACGGUAGAAUCCUGAUAUUAAAAUAUAUAAGUCCUAAUCUGAUUGUACGGUAGUCGAGAAUAUCCAGCAGUAUAUAAACCAUGACAAUCGUGAAAUAUGAUAGCUGGAUAGAUCUCGACUUAACGUUCAAUCAGAUAUUGAUAUAUUAAAAAUAGUAGAUAUAAGAUACAGAAUAGAAAUUAUUUUCAUAUUUUCCAUAUUCUACUUUUAUGUUGUCUGUUGUUAUUCUUCGUUGUCUUUUACACUUUGACUAGAGUUAUUAUACACACAGCGAUAUUAUAAUAGAUGACUUGUGUAAUACUGUCUAUAGUCUUGAACUAUUAGAUGGAUUCUAACAUGUUGUAUUGUUCAAGAGGACGAUUUUAAUAAAGAUGUAUAUUACGUUAA